CGCGCAGGCCAUAAAAGUUUCAUACAACCAACCAGAAACAUCUACUCCUCAAGUGAGUCAGUGAGUGAAUGAGUCGAGCGUCAUUCGGUUAAACCAACAAAGAAGCAAAUCCAAAAACCUAACCAAUACCAUACCAAGGCAACCGUACCGUGAUCUACGACACUAAACGAAAGUGAAACAGUGAAGACCAGUUUUGCCGCCUUGCUCCAGCCUAGUAGAUGAUAGUAGUGCUGACUUUGGUGGCCCCCUUUUCCGUUUGUGGACUGAGUGGUGCUAAGUGCAGGGCGGGGUGUUUGCCCUAGACAGAGCAGUAGUGACGGCCGGAUAACUAUUACUUAAUCGAAAACAGGUAUCCAGUGGUCGCAAAUGCGGGUACUUCAAGUGACGAUGAUUCGGCUAAGUUUUACUUCCGAGGUAGCUGGUUUGAAGUGAUUGUCGGCAGGCAUAUUUGCGCUAUCGUAGCUAAUUGAAUGAAGUGAAACUCACAAAUCAAGUUCGGAUUGAUUUCCUUAAGAGCAUCGGAGCCAGUUUGAGAUGCAGCUUCCCGGCGCAGUUACAGCAUCCCCGCCGGUGCUCAUAAUUGGUGUAAUUUGUCUCGCCUUCCGGCUUCUGGUGGAACCAAUCGAAGCUCAGCAGGAUCCCACCAAUGUGUUCAACACUUCCUCCUGCCUAGAAAAACCAUACCGCUGCCCGCAUCCGAGAAUUAAAUUCUAUCUUUACACAAGGCGAACCCAGCAAACUCCCGAGUUAAUAAACGUGCUGAAUCCGGAGUCCCUCUUCCACACCCACUGGAACCCGAAACAUCCGGUGAAGAUAGUAAUCCAUGGAUUCGGAGGUGGCCGCAAUCUUUCCCCAAGCCCGGAUAUGCGAAAGGCGUACUUUAUCCGGGGCAACUAUAACAUCAUCAUCGUCGAUUAUGGGUCAGCGGUGACGGAACCGUGCCUAAGUCAGAUCGAAUGGGCUCCCCGCUUUGGUAGCCUGUGCGUUUCCCAGCUGGUCAAAUAUAUUGCCUCGCAUCCACGAGGCGUUCCACCGGACCGUAUGCAUCUGAUUGGGUACAGCAUUGGGGCGCAUAUUGCUGGCUUGGUGGCGAACUAUAUUAGCCCAGAGGAAGGAAAGCUAGGACGAAUUACCGGCCUUGAUCCAACCAUAUUUGUUUAUGCCGGGACGAAUACUUCGAGGGAUUUGGAUUCGAGUGAUGCUCAUUUUGUGGACAUAAUUCACACCGGAGCCGGUAUCCUAGGGCAGUGGAGUGCAAAUGGACAUGCGGACUUCUACAUGAACGGUGGAACCAGUCAACCUGGAUGUGCGAGUAGUACGAUAUUUCAAACUCUCGCUUGCGAUCACACCAAGGUAACGCCAUACUUCAUCGAGUCAAUCAACAGUGAAAAAGGUUUCUGGGCAGGUCCAUGUUCUACGUUGGUGUCGUACCUGUUGGGUUGGUGCGAACCGAAAGAUUCCGACUACGUUCUAAUGGGAGAACACGUAUCUCACAGUGCUCGAGGAGUUUAUUACGUCACAACGAAUGCUAAACCGCCCUAUGCCCGGGGCUUCCCGGGUAAGAACCGCCGGACUGCAAAGAACUCCGAAUACGGCGGUGUACGACGCAGAUGAAAACGCUACUGCCAUCGGAAUGUAAUAAUCAAGUGAAAGCAUAAUGGUUGUGAUAUCAAUAACAAAUACUGUUGUAUACUUUAAGAAAACAGAUAUUCAUCUAAAGCAGCAAUUCCAGUGACAUAUAGUUAGUGAAACAAUGCUUAUAGUUCGUAGUAAAACUACCAGUAAGUGUUGUAGCACCAAUCAAGUGUGAUUAAUGCUCGAAGGGAGCAGCUCUAAUCCAUGCAGGUAACCCAGUUGUAGGAUUUAACGCCAAUACGUUUGUCGUGAAGUUAUAAUUAAAUCACAACCUGUAACUUCAAACCAGUAGGACGCCUUUCGCACCCUGACAGGCAAUUAUAGGCAACAGUCAAGCAUAGAAAAGAAAAAAAAGCACUAACCCAGCAACUCGCCAAAUAGUUGUAGAUUUCAAUUAAAUAUAACAAGUUAUAUAAUUAGGGCAAAGAUAGCGAAACUAGUGUUACCAGUUGCGAUGAGGAAUGCAGUUUACUAAACUAGCAGGUUACUAUAAUGGUAACCCUCGUCGAGUAUAGUGUUGAAGUAGAUAAUACCUAAGGAAUUUAUUUUGUAAUAAACGUUUAAAGAAGCAUCAGAGUGUA